UGAAUUGCCGUAGGAGUUGAUAGUGACCGUGAACUUGUUCACUUUUUCUUCUUCAAGGUGAGCAUAGGUUGUGUUGACGGCUGUAUCCAAGUUGGAUUAUGAGAAUAUUCAUUCAGAAUUGAAGGAUCUCGUAACCUUCUUUAAUAAAGAAACGUGCAUUGUUUCCAAUUGCAUUUUCAAGGAGUUAAACGCACAGUGCAACAAAUACACAAGAUUCACAGCUUAGCUCUUAGCUACAAGUAAGUUAAGUUCUUACUGUCUACAAACGCAAAUCUUCACCAUUAGAAUGGGAAACAUGAUGUAUUUUACUCUGAGUAUUGUUCUAUUUUUUUUAUUUCAGGUGUGCAUUAGUUAUACGCCAAGGGAAUGCUACAAAAAAGGAGAUUGUGGCCCCAAUGAAUGUUGUGUUAUCAACAUGGAACGAUAUUCUAUUCCUGAAUGUAAACCAAAAGGGAGAGCUGGAGAUUGGUGUCGUACAGGGGCAGAACCAGAAGACAGAAUGCUGUAUUACCCAAAUGAAGAGAUCCGUCAUGUUGAAGAUGUUUACUCCCUCUUUUGUCCUUGUGAUGAAAAUUUAAGUUGCAAAUCAAAUAAAUGUAACGCUCCGGUAUUUACAAAACCUCAAGCAUUUGCAAACUCUAAGGCUCAAGCAUUUGCAAACUCUAGGCCUCAAGCAUUUGCAAACUCUAGGGCUCAAGCAUUUGCAAACUCUAGACCUCAAGCAGUUGCAAACCCUCAAACAAUUUCAGCUGAGGCAUUCGGAAGAAAAUAGUAAAAAUUUUCAUCAUGUGAUUACGCUUCAUUCAUAUGCAUUAUAUGUAUAAUGGCUUACAAAGGUCAAAUUAUUUAUAAUAAAGUAUUUAUUGUUAAAUUA